AAGCAACCGAAAAAAAAAUUAAAAAAUUUAUAUGUAUUUAAGUUUUGAGUCCAAAAUCGGUUCCGAUACGUUUCGUCUGAAUUGCAUCUCAAGUUGAUACCAAAUGUGAAAAGGCAAACAUUUCAUUUUCCUCUGUGUCUGUAGAAAGUGCUAAGAAAAUUGUUCAUUUUGGUGUUGUUUUCUUUUUGUUUUUUUUUUCAUCCAAAUAUGCCGAAUUAUUUACUUUUAUUUGGCGCCUUCGUCAGCAUUUGCCUGGCCACAGCUUACGCCAUCAAGUGCUAUGCUUGUGAAUCGGUCUAUGAGGCUGGCUGCGCUGAAAAUUUCGAAGUUGAAAACCAUUUCAAAUACGAUUGUGCCUUCAGUGCCCCGCCAAGAUUCUUAGAGAACGAUCUGAGUAGUCCCAAUGCCACAGCCUGUCUAAAGCGAGUCUUCAAAGAAAAUGGCAUAUGGAAAUAUGUGAGAGGCUGUUAUUUUGGUGAUGUGAAUGAAACGGAUAUCUGGUGUAGAAUGGAUCCAACACUUACUGCCGUCCAGAAUGCCUCGUGUCAUGUUUGCAAUGAUGAGAACUAUUGCAAUGGCGUGAGUCAAGAAGUUGGCGAUUCCUGGCGUAUUCUUACAUUUUUAAUGGUUGUAUUGACCUCUUAUAUACUCAGACUUAGCUAAAAGACGUUAUGUGUUUAGUUCUUGAAAAACAAAAAAAACCAAAAGUGAAUAAAUAUUUAUUGUUGAUA